GUCCCAACAUCAAAACACAUCCAAGAAAUCGUCUGGAAAGAGUAUUUCGUCCCGGUUAACAGAGAUCAAUCAAGAUGAAUUAGGAGUGGAGAGUGGAUCAUGAGCAGCCCAAAGUGGCGAAACAACGUUGUACUUAAGCAACGGCCUUUCAUUACAAAUAAAUCCUUGUAAUUACCUACUAGUACAUAUGAAUAUGAACAAAUAUGGAUGAUCGUCACCAACAGACUGUGGAAGAGGAGGCUGAGGCAUCGAUUUCUCGGUUCAGUAUCACCGCCAGGAAUAUAUUCUCCAUUGCACUUGCCGUUGUUAUGCGCCCGGUUUCAAUUAUCAUAUAUUGUUAUUCAGUCUAUGAUUAUAUGAAAUCAUGUUUGUACUCUUAUGCCGCUUGGACAGUUCUAUCAAUACUACUCUCCAUGGGUAUAACAUCACUGUUAUAUCUCAACAUUUUGACAGCUGAGAAUGUGGUCAGCAAGCCUGCUCUGGAAAUGGAUACAUUCUUAGAACUUUUAUUUUCAUAUUUCUUUCGGGACGGGAAAACAUUAUUCUGGGCUGUAAAGUGCAAUAAGGCGAUAGAGCGAAGAAAACAGGACGACGUAAUUGAAUACUACAGCAAAUACGUGAAGGAAGAGUGUAACGUCGGCCUUAUACGUCUACUGGAUUGCUUUUUAGAGUCUGCUCCCCAAAAAAUAUUACAGCUCGCGAUUGUAUUCAGAGAUUUCGCAAGUUUAACUUAUUAUCAUAGCUUUACAUUUUGCAUAUAUUUUGGUACCAUUGCUUGGAGCUUAAUGUCAUAUAAUCGCUUGAAUAGAUCAGCGCAAUUGGACAAACAUGACAUCAAAAGUAGAGGGCUUGUCGCGCAAUUUGUCUUCCUUCUCUGCUUCACAGUAUCACGCAUGCUGUGUAUUGCAUUCAUGGCCAGGACAAAUCCCACACACACUUUAUACUUCUGUAUAUUCCACUCCUUGGUUUGUGGCACAAUAGUCUCAAUAGUCGAUGCGCCGAGAUUCUCCGGUUCAUUAACUAUAAAUUAUAUAUUUUGCGUAGCAUUUGGAGUUGUAUAUCUCUAUAUAUUCACAUCCCUCAAAGAGGGACCAACUAGAAACAAAUAUAUUUUCUAUUUAAUAUUAUGUGUUCUAGAAAACAUCGCAAUUUGUGCAUUAUACGUGCCAUUGUAUUACGGAAUUUUCAUUGUUUUUCUAUAUGCAAUUGGCAUCAUUAUAAAUAUAUUAUAUUACGUUUAUUGGCAUCCGAGAAUCACUGCCUAA